AUGAAACUGUUGGGAGAAGAAUGCCUUGAUAAGUUGAUAUACUACAACCCUAAAAGGUGGAGCAAGGUUUACAUGAAAUAUACCACAAAGUGUGACAUUAUAGACAACAGCAUGGCUGAAUGUUUCAACUCUUGGAUACUGGCUGCAAGGCACAAGACUGUAAUAACUAUGCUUGAAGAAAUAAGAGUCAAAAUGAUGAAGAGAGUAGGACAGAUAAGGGAGUUUUGUGACAGUUGGAUUCAUGACUUUUCUCUAAUGGCAUUGAAAGUUCUGACAGAGCAUACUGCAAGGUAUAUGAAAUGCAGUAUUGAAUGGAAUUCUGAUACAGGAUAUGAGGUUGUUGAAGGUCAUUUUAGACAUGUUGUGGAUCUGCCUAGACAAACUUGUUCUUGUAGAGCAUGGAUAUUGAAAGGCAUCCCAUGUCCUCAUGCAAUUGCUGCUCUUCACCACAAGAGGUUGAACCCAAUGGAUUACAUUUCUCAGUGGUAUUCUAGAGAUACCUAUAUGAAGACAUAUAGCUAA